GCGAAUAGACGGACCGAACCCUGACGGGGGCGGGGCCAGUCGCUUCUACGUAAUGGGUCAGCGCCACGCCCUUCCCACGUGCUCAUAUGACGUAGCUGGGCUGGGAGUUGUAGAGGGAGUGUCGUUAGGGUUAGUCGCGGAGGAGUCUGAGCCGCCCCGUCAGUCGGACACCGAGCUAUGGGCCGGACACCGGGGUUCCUGCUCGCCACGGCCUGCUGGGCCCUGCUCUGGGCGGCGGCAGACAGCUGUGCACAUCAUAAAACCUGCAAUGACUGUGUUAAUACUAGUGGAUGCGAGUGGAUUCAGUGCAAUGGAUCAAACUUUUCUUGUGCAAAUGAAACAGGACUGAACUGUACUACUAUUUCACAGUGUUUUUCUUCAUCUACUGCUGCUACCACAGCUGCUAAUGCUACCACAGCUGCUAAUGCUACCACAGCUGCUACUGCUACCACAGGUAACAUCACCAAUACAACUUCAUCUACUGCUUCAAGUACUCUAGUUCUCUCAACAAUCAGUACACCAGGUACAACACAUGCUACUGAGAGUCCCCCUAAACCAGCUCCUCACAAGUCUACAUUUGAUGCUGCCAGUUUCAUUGGUGGGAUUGUCCUUGUACUGGGUCUGCAGGCUGUAAUCUUCUUCCUGUACAAAUUCUGCAAGUCCAAAGAUCGAAACUAUCAUACUCUCUAGAACCUGUCAUUUUACAAUGGACUAGUAGCCCAACACCUGUAGUUCACUGAACCAAAAUAUAUUCUCUGCCCCGUAUGGAACACCACAGUUCAGAAUAUCCUUUAAAUCUCCAAAAGAAGACUUUUUGAAAGGAUGAUAUUUUUGUAAUACAAUACUUGGCAAGAGAUGGUAUGAAUCAUCUCUCGCUCAGAGGUACUCAAUAUGCUGCAUGAGUCCUUGUGAUUAUCUUAUUUUUCUUUAGUGGCUGCAGCUGUGGGAUUUUUUUUAAACUUGACAUGCCAAAUGUAAACUUAAAAUGAUUCUUGUAUUCAGUGGUAACACUGUCUUGAGUAGACAAUCUCCUGAUGAUGAUUGUGGAGGCCGAUUUAAUCAACCAUAAGUGCAGUAUCCCUAUAAUUUUAUCAAUGACUGACUUCUGGGAGAGAAAUAUCAUUUGUGCUAGCUUGUGGCUCUUGUAGUGUACUGCGAGGAAAGUUAACAAAGGUUUGUAGAAGUAGAAACUGUCUUCAUAAAAUAUCCUCCUUGAAUGAAAAUAAUGCCAAACCCAUAUUUUUCUAUAUGAGAAUUAAAGAUGCCAACCAGGAAUUGUAUUGCACAUUUUAAUUUCUUAAAUUUGGCCUUUUCAGUUGUUAUAACUGGAAGGGUGGUGAGAAUAUUUCCCCUCCAUGUAAGAGGAAAUAAAGUCCAGUGCCUUAAAGAAUAAAAAGGUAGGUUGCAAAUUCAAAUGUUUGUGCCAUUUUCAUUUGUACUGCAGCAGCCUUUUAGCCUAAUGGAGUAAAGCAGAAUAUACCUUUCCAAUCUCAACAUUCACUACAACAAAAAUAUGGCCAACAUUUUAUUUUCUGACCUUUUUGAGAGGCUGACUUCUUUUGUGAAUGAGGGACUGGGAUAUUGGACUAAUUUUGAAGGUGAACUAGAUUUUUUUUCCCACUAGUGUCAAAUUAUUUCUGGCCUGUAACAAGGCAAGCAUAGGAGGGCUAUAGCCAUAAUUUCACAUUCCUGACUUCAAAAGGGCACCAACUUAAAUCACAUUUGUCUGAAAAAAAUGUUAUAGUUCUCUUGAACGCCUCUAACAAUAAUAGAUAAGAGAGAGUUUGGUUUGUGCAUAGUAAGUUUCACUGUCCUCCACUGCCUACAAACACUUUCUCCUCCUUUGUGUGGGCCUUUGAUGCAGCACUGUGCAAGUGAAACAAUUAUAACAUGGCAAUGGACUGGUCAGGCAUAGCACUGGAAGCUGCUUUUAACUAUUGAAAUUGACUAGAUUUCAAAUGGAUGGUGUUCCUUAUCCCCAGUUUGAGGAAAUUCUAAAGCCUUAUGCAGCUACUGACUUGUAUGAUUUAAAUGUUUACCUUAAACUGGGUGUUUAAACAUUGACAGCAUGAUUACUAAUAAAUUAAGUCAUGGCAAUGUAUGGGUUUUAUAACUUAAGUGAAUGAAAAAGCAUUCUAGUUGCACUGAGUUUUAUUUCCUCAUGCUCUUCUGCCUUGGAAAGCAUUCACUUUGUUAUGCUGCACAGAAAACUAAACUUGCUAUAUUAAAAUAAUUACCAGACAGUGCUGUACCUUCAGAAAAUUGCAGGUUAAUGUACUCAUGACAAAAGCAGGCAGUCAGCUCAGGUUUAUUAAACAGACUGACCACCCAACUUCCAGCAAGCAUCAUUUGUCUGGAUUGGAUGGUGUAUCCUUGGCCUUAAUGUUGUAAAAUCAUUUAGUCUGUCAUUCCCAUCUCCUUAAAUUGUUUCAUAACUUAAUUUGGGCAAAGGAACAUGCUCUAUGCACUUAUUUCUAUAAUGUGAUGAGUAAGACCUCCCACUUCACACACAGUAGAUAUUCCCAAUAGUGUUCAUAAAACAAUUUUAUUUAGUAUAGUUCCUAAUUCUUUAAAAGCUGUCUGACAUUUUGGUCUUAAACUUGCAGCAAAAGGCUACGGGACACUGAAGAAAAAAUGCCACAGUUAAACCUUGAGUUGAUUUAAUUACUGUGUAAAAUUUGGCUAAAAUGCUUUAGUCUCUCAGUGAUCUUGAUAUAUGUUGGAAAAUGUGCUUGUUCAGCAAAAACUUAAUCAUUUUUCAAGUGCCUUAAUUGUUUUAAAAUCUCUGGCCUCAAAUUUGUUGGAAAAACCAGGAAAGGGGGUAACUUGCCUUAGUUACUAGAUUAAUCCCUUGGUGUCAGCAGUUGCUACUUUCCAAGACAGGAAACCCAGGAUCUUGGUGCCAUUGAUGUCAAUCUUUAAGAAGCUCUAAUUUUGUAAUGCACAGUUAUUGCAGACAUAUAGGUUUAGUCUUGUUCUAGGAAGGUGUAAGUUUUGUGCAGCAGCCUAUAUGCUUGCCUUGCUAGACAAACUAACUUCCAUAAGUUGCUGAUAAAAUCAUAGCUCAGGCUUAGUUUCUGACUGGCAACUCAUUCUAGGUUACCAGGCAUGUGCUUGUGCUGCCUUGCUAUGGUUUUUGUUUUUUGUUAAAAUUGGGACAGCUUCCUUGCAGAAUUACAGUGCCAGUUAGUCACAUGCUAGUAGCCAGCAUAGACUAACAGAGCUUUCAGGUCCUCUUAGUGGUGUUUUGAAGUGGAAGGUAGCUUUCUUAGAUUGUCUCCAUGGAGUAGUUUAUUUGCUAUUAGGCUGCCCCUUCAAAUCAGGUCUUAAGCACUGAACUGUAGUGAACUUUAUUUUUUUUCAAGCUGUUUAUUGUGUGACUUGUUCCUGAAGCCACCUUGUGCAAAUAUAUAUUUAUCAAACCUGGUACCUUAUGAAUGUUCCUUGCAGACAUUGCUGUGUUUGUAUUUUGUUUUGCAUUUCUUCCUCUGAAGACAAAUCUAAUCAGAAAACCAAAUUGACAAAUAAAAUCACAUUUACUGAA